AUGUCGUCCAUAAAGAAAGAGUCGCCAUUUCAGAAGUACGCUUCUGGUAAACACCGUUUUGUUUUCAGUCUCCCUUAUAAGGUGAAAAAAUUCUCUGUUUCCACGGCCCCUUACUCUAUGAGGCCAAGGUGAGAGCUGUUAUUCCUUUUCUAGUUUGCUUUACAAAUUUUACUCCUAUACUACACAUUUUUAAUAAGUGACUUUCGGACGACUGUGCGUUGCGCCAGGAUUUGCAGGACCGCACAUGUGACAGUAUUCGAAUAAAGUCCGAUCGGACUCCAGUUUUGAGUUUUCGCACGAAAUACAAUCCAUAAUGUCAAAUUACAUGAGCCCCAUAUGCGCUUAAGAUAUACUGCGAAUUUCGAACUUAGAGUCUUUUCUCACUCUCGACCGAAGACAGCCGCGUAUACGCGCCUCCUUCCUGUCCUCCACUCUCUCAAUUUCCUUAAUAUUGCCCUUGCUUCUCGCGCUCCCGAGUUCCCAUAUGUAGGAUAUGCCUUCCAAAUCCAAGCAUUUUAAUCACGUAAUCUAUUUUACUUUAUCAAAGUUUAAAAGAAGGGCUUAGCGAAAGGAAUAAAUACCGGGGUGUUAUACAAUCACUAUAUAGUGAUUGAGUACGCGCAUGUCUUACAAACGCUCAUAAGCACAAACAUUUAACCCAAAAGUCAGUGCGCAACGAAGUUUUCCUGGCUUUGUAGCCGGCCUUAUCCUUUUGCUCCAGCGGUUGCCAGAUCAUAGCCUUUUGAGGCAGUUGUACAUAUCUUUCAGGUAUUCAGCUCUGCGAUAAUUGGCACCAACAUAAAUAGUAUUAACCACUUAACUUCUUUUGGACACACCGCCAUGGAUCACACAACCUUGUCACACCAAAUAGGAGAGAAUACAGUGCAAACAGCUCGCCUGUGGUUGUAAGGUAAAAUGCCCAGAUCAUAAAGACUCAGUGUGUAGAGUGUUUUACGAGCUGUCCCCAGUGUUUAGUCUGCCGCAGGUUAUGGUUGGAAGUUAUUUGACUGGUUACCUCCAGUUAUUCGGUAGCCUGGCCAUUGGAAUCCAUUUAGUUUUUUGGUCGAUUCCUUAUUUGCCUGUACAAGUCCUACCGCACGUCCGUUUAUUAAUAAUAUUAUCCGAAAAAAGUACUGAAAUGAAUAACUCUGAAUUGCUGUAUAAUGUUAGAUAAAAAUAUGAUAAAAGUCCUGCAUGGGAUUCCGCUCCUUAGCGUCUAGGAUGUAAACAGACUUACUGUUUACCCUGUCGCUACGAUACUGUUGUCAGUUUUUCGUUUUUACCGGCUUCUCAGCUUAUGGCUCGGACUAAGUAUUGACACCAUUUAUUCACCUGGCCGAGUUUACAAUGCUCUGUUAGUGCGACUAUCACAUUUUAUAAUUUAGCGUCCUCAGUCCGUUUUGCCGUCAAACGCUUUAUUACAUUGGUUGGACUGCCGGAAUUGCUAGGGUUCAUUUCACCAUUAAACAAAUAGUAUUGCCCGAAAUCGAGUUAUUUCCAGGUCUUGUUUCUACUUCAACCCGUCGCAUAAACAGGUGGAUUCUGUCAGCCGACACAUUUCCACUUAAAUAGAAUGUCUUUCACAUCAAUACCGGAUACAUGUUCAUGUGUCCAUGUGCUGGUCCCAAUCAACACAAUGAUAUUUUACUAUUUUGCCAAAAGGACAUACCCUCCAUAGACUGUUCGUUUGCCAAGGUCACGGUACUCUUCGUGCGCACCAGUGCCAAGUAAGUACAAGGCAAAACGAAUACUCUGUUCUGUCCAUCCAGGUCUUUGCAUAAUUUGGACUUUUGUCGCGAAAUCGCAGGCAUGCGUUCAUAUAGCCCGUUCUUUCCCGUUCACGUGCAGAACGAUAAUUUUUCGUCACCCCUCUCGUUAAAAUUUCUCUUCUAAUUUCUUACUGGUUUGCUUACGUGUCACCUUCCCCGUUCCUGCCUUUGAAAGGCAAAUCACGACAGCAUCUUCAUUGAUUGUUACGAAGACCCAUUUUAUGCUAGGCUGCUUCUGAAAUUAUUCUGUCUGGCAUUUCAGUGUGACUGCGAGUGUACGCUUGAGUGGCCCACUUAAACUUUCUCAUCUGCGACAGACUUGAUUGCAGAUAUAUUGUCCACAAUGCGAACUCGACGAUACUCCUUCCCACUAAAUUAACAUAAAUUGUUUUAACUUCUUGAUUUUCCUCUCCGUUCAAUUUUAAUAAUGUAUUGUUUCGGCCGUGUAGUGUCUAGACGUCAAAGUGACCGGAGACGAGGUCCAAUACUUCGUCCACUACCAGGGCUGGAACAAAAAGUAGGCAGAUUUAGUUGCCCAGACCUCACUCACUGUCUGCAGCUGGGACGAAUGGGUCACGGAUCGACGCAUGUACAAAUACGACGAGGCUGGACUUCGGAAGCAGAAGGAGUUAGAGAAGUUAGCGUAAGUAUGUCUGCAAUACGCACUCGAUUACCCAGCCAAUUUUUCCAGCAAGUCCGGGAAGAAAAUGAAGAUUCUACGCAAAUCAGAUCUCAAAAACCAGCCCUACCCUCCUCCCGAGCUCAUUGAAAAAGUGGAAAAGGCCAUUCGCCCAGAGGAAAGCGGAAAAAGUAAGUUUAUUUUUCAGGAGGGACUGAUUCCCACACUUUAAACUCAACUACGACGCCCGUUUUACCUAUUUUAGCUAGUCGGACAACCGCAAUUCCCACCCCGAUACCCGAGGAAACUCCCACAGAGCAGCAAGCUAGUGAGACCAGCGAUAGUGAACAGCCACCGCCUAAGGCCGCUCGCCAAUCCUCCGUGCUAGAUGAAAAGCCACCAAAACCAACACCUACAUCGGGUACGAACCGCAAAAAGAAGGGUCGUUCUGGCAUCGCAGAUAUCACUGGAGAAACGGUACAUAUAUCUCUCUUCUUUCCUCCCUCCCUCUCAGACCUCAGUUUUCUCUUAUUCUCGCUUCGUUCCUGCUGACUGUUGUCAAUACUAUGUGCACAGUAAUUUUUCCGCCUACAGGAAGAGGGUUUCCUUUCGAGGCCCAGAAUUCAAGUAAAUUUCCCCGAAAAUCUCCGCGCUUGGCUUGUUGAUGACUGGGAUUUGAUAACGAAGCAAUCCAGGGUAAAUUUUGCUGAUGAAUAUUCUGGUUGAAGAAUCCCAUUAAUGUACAUUGCUUGAUGCCUUGUUUUUUUUUAGUCUAUUGUGACUGCCCGCCUAUGGUCACCGAGUUUGAACAGGUUAUUUCCUUUAACUCUCUUAAUGUUUGUUGGCUUGGGCUGCUGAUCCGACUUCUAGAGGCAUAACUCACCGCGGUCAACAUUUCUUCUCGUCGACUUCCAGACGGCUAAUUUUGAUACAUCUGCGCUCUACCGAGUAACGAGCUUUCUCUUUUGCAUGCAAACUGUCCCAUUCGAGUUGGACGUGUGGAUACUUAUUUUAGAGCGUUUCCAUGUGCUCCCCUACUGCGUCUAACCGUCAUAUGGCGAUAAUGGUCAGACUUCAUGUUUAGCGUGACUCAUACUUUACGUUUGCGUAAAGGGUUAUCCCUGUAAUAUUCUUCGCGACGUUUCAAUGCGCCGUCUUAGGGGUCAUUUUGUUCGCUCGAACCCAGUGCCUAAGUCUGCCUUCAGUGCAUUUUUAACUGGUAGAAAUUAGGCCUCCCGGGAACGAAACCCCCCCUCCCAUGAACUAUACUUUUACAUCGUAGUAAGUAAGCAAUAACCCAAGUCCUCGUAUUUUAAAUGUUUUAGUAGAAAUAGACUCAGAGAUUGUUUCUAAUGUAUAUCAAACUACCUAAGUCAAAUAAUUAGGCGCGGUAUAAUGUAUUUCGAGGGUUUAUUCCCAUACCUUUCCUGUUCGUUUUCUAAUUGUCGUCCUCGGAGCAGCUUUGGCGAUAACCUCCUGCACAUUAUUCUUCCAAAUGGCCUCUUACUUGAACCACCUUUCUCCUCGUUUUUAUAGCUUGGCCUAGACAUCGCACCGAGUCUUGUGCGUCCCGAGUUGAGUGGCAGCUUUAACAACUCUUUUUACUUUCUGCAAACGCUCACAGCCUCCGUGACUGAAAUAGCCAGCUGGCCUUUUAUGCUCCUUUUCUUGUUUUGCCUUUCCGUAGCUCUUUGUUCUACCUGCCCGGAAGACGGUUGCCAGCAUCCUAGAUGAGUACCUCGAAGAGUCCGAAAGUUCAAAGGCACCGGAGUCAAAGGAGGGUCCUCCCACUCCAGUUCUCACCGCAGAGCUGCGUCAAGAAUUCGUCGCUGGACUGCGUGUAAACUUUAAUUUCAUACUGGGCUCUCAACUGUUGUACAAAUUUGAGCGCCUGCAGUAUGCGGACAUCUUAAAGAGCCACUCUGGCAAGGAAAUGACCGAUAUCUAUGGACCAAUGCACCUUCUUCGACUGCUUAGUGAGUUGGGAAAUUUGUCUUGCUCCACAAAAAUGCUGGCAUCUGUACUUUAUUAGGGCGGCCUUCAAGAAGCUUGGAGAUGUUAAACUAUGAGACGCAGGGGCAGCGAAAAGGGACAUGGACUUGGUCUGAGCGGCCCCUUUCUGUGAAAAAAUGGCACAUUUUGCGUGGAUCGGGUCGUGUGUGGCAAGCGUAGAUAGGCUCUUUGACUUUGUCGUCCACUGCAUCCAAGUCGGCCUUAGGUCGUCCUGACUCUCUUAUCAUCGGGCUCAGGUGGGAGUGAGAGGAGAGGAUACGGCAGAUGCUGCGCAAGUCUGCUAUUACUACAAACCAACUCCCGCGCCUGUCACCGUCCCCUCGCACCAUUCUGUGGAGCGUAAGAUCGAUAUCAUCACAUGCGACCAUCAAAUUGUCAUGGUCCUAGUUUGGAAUUGCACGUCAAUUAUUGUAUUACCGUUAAUCAGUCCUUAUAUUUACUGGUCUUUCCUCCACCGCAGCAUAGGUGACACCAUUAAACAAAUGUCAAGAAGCGAGAACUACUGAGGUACGACUCCCUGACUCGGGCUCUCGUGAAAUAAAGAUCCCGGGAGUCGAAUCACUUCACCCUGUACCACAGCGGCCCCCGCGAUUCCUCUGGUCGACACGGUGUGGCGAUUGCCCUAUCACAACAAGCGGACCUUGCGCUACUUGCUUGGGAACCAGUAAAUGACCGGAUGGCCUACGUGCGACUGAAGGGUCACUUCACAAACAUCUCCAUCGUCGCUGUGUACGCACCAACUUCGGCUGCCGAACAGCGCGAUAAAGAGGCGUUUUGCUCUCAGUUGCAAGCGCUAGUUGAAAGACUGCCUCGCCGCGAUCUGCUGAUUGUUGCUGGCGAUUGGAAUGGUCGAACUGGACCUGGCGACCCCACAACCAGUCAUCUUCUUGGCCGCUUUGGGCUUGGUUCUCGAUGUGAAAAUGGUGAGAGAUUGCUGAACUUCGCUGAUCGAAACCGACUGCUUGUCACCAACACAUGCUUCCAGCAUCGCAAAAAACAUCUGCUGACCUGGUAUUCAAACGACGGUCGUACGGCCAGUCAGAUUGACUACAUACUAGUCAGCUCAAGGUUCCGCAGCUGGGUUCACGAUAGCAGAUCGAUGCGUGGUGCCGAGACUGGUAACGCCCAUGGGUCGGACCAUGUCCUCGUCCGUACACGCCUGAAAGUUCACCUCUCAUCCGCACCAAAAAUGCCACGUCCUAGACGCCUCAAUGUCGCAAAAAUCCGGCAAGCCAGCACUGCCGAGGCCCUAAGCAGAGAAAUCCGGACCUGUUUUACGGCCCGAGUCGACGGAGAAGUCAGUAACCAGUGGUCGUCACUGAAGACAUCAGUUUAUGGGGCAGCUGAGAAAAUCCUUGGAUACACCCAGCGACGCCGCAGUGACUGGAUCAGCGGAAGAACCCUGCAGUUGUCUGCUCAGACGGCUAGAGUCAGGUCCCGCAACGAUGACUACUUCCGCCAACUUCGGAAGAUGACGGCAAAAUCGGCCAGGGAUGACCGGAAACAAUAUUGGGCUGAAAUAGCGACAUCCAUGGAACAGGCCUCGAACGUUAGUGACACUCGAAAGCUCUAUCGUCUGAUCCGCCAAGUUAGCGGUAAGCUCUCUACACUGAGUGACUCUGUUCGCGAUGUGAACGGCGGCUUUAUUGCUGACAACUCGGCCAAAGUCGAGCGCUGGCGUGAGCACUUUGAGCACCAUCUCAACUUCGAUACCCAACCUACAUCGCCCUUGUUCUCCUCCUCAGCGGAGUUUCUUCCCCCUCCUACCUAUGCAGUGCCAUGCGAUCUCCCCUCCGAGGAAGAAGUCGCCGAUGCCAUACGAAAGUUGCGCAACAAUAAGGCACCCGGAGAGGACGGUAUACCCGCUGAAAUCUUUAAGUCUUGUGUCGACACUCUGGCGCCCUGGCUCCAUGAGGUGAUUGAACGAGCGUGGAGAGACGAGGUUGUUCCUGAUGACUGGGGCUUAGGCAUCCUUGUACCUAUCCUCAAGAAGGGAGAUAAGACGAGAUGCGAGAACUACCGCGGCAUAAGUCUCAUCGACGUUGCUGCGAAGAUCUUCGCUAUUGUCCUACUCAGACGAUUCCGCGAUGUGGGGCAGGAAGGUUUGCCAUGCCUAUAUUAGGCCAGUGGUGUUUAGUCCAAACCAUAGACGAUAUUGUAUCUCGUCAAUGUUGAGCCCAGACAGCUCAGCCUGAUACAGGGCUUCCAUGUAACUUUUUUCAGGCGGCCCCAGUACGUCUGCGUCUUGCAGUUUGUUUUGGUGGCGGUCUGCGUUCAAAAAAGGAUUAGUUUAUAGUUUUCCGCCAUUUCUUACUAUUGAAACUACCACCAUGUACAUGGUCAAAUUGACUUUCUGAGCUUAAAUAUUCCAGACGUGACUCUGUUUUCGUUCUGAAAUCUACGGUAUAUACCAUUACUUAUUUCUAAUAUAUAUGCCCUCAUAUCUAUUCGUAAGCCAUGCCUCUUUACACUACUAGACUUGACUUUCCCUUUUAUUAUUCUCGGCCAUUAUUUAGCUUACCUUUUUAGAGAUCCUUCUUUUUCCUCGUUUUGCACUUUUUUGUAAAUUCUUGUCCGUUAAUGUGUCUUCUGGUAUAGUUUUCAAUCUGCGUUAUUCGCACAUCGCUUACCACCUUCGGCUAAUUACCAUUGCUAUUUCCCUUGGAACCUGAGAUUCAGCUAUUUAGUUGACAGCGGCUUAUUCAGUUGCCUGAAUCUCACUGACUACCGUUUUCGGUUAUUUUUUCGAAUCUGUACGUUUUCUAACCGUUCACUUUCUAAGCUGGUUAGAAGGUUUUCGAUGUAAUUUUCUUCUCUGCUUUCUCCAUCUCCAUUUCCGUGCGUCCAAAGGCCCCACUUGUAUAAUCCCUCUUAUCACUACUCCCGUUAAACAUGCUACUCAGGUUUCCUGUUUCUGACUCGGGGUACAAACCGUACCCUCGUCCAACUUCGUACCCCCACGGUUCCUCAACCAACUCAUGAGGCGAGGGCACCAGAUCGUCAACACAGGGCUGGAUGAUUUAGCGAAGAUAUCCGACAUCAUUCGAUGCAACCUUAAAUGGCUAGACUCUAUGUUAUUUCUCCAAGCAGCAGUUGUGACACGUCAAUUAGCUGGACUAUUUUUACCACCGUGUAGCCUCUCAUGCACUCCAGACGACGGCCUUUUCUGUGCCGUUUUUUUGUUUCCUUGCUUCGGCCAUGAUAAAUUUGCCUUUCUCCCUUUCCCCUUUUUCAGUCAAACUGCGUGACUUAAUUACGUUUGUCAAGGUCGAUCAAGGAAGCCUGUCCCUUCUUGAGUCGCUGGUGACGGACUUUAUCAGGUAUGUCUCCGCUUCCAUGACCAUUUGAACAACGACUACUGGCUUGCACUUUGGUGCGCUAUAAUUUUAUAACUAAAAUUAGCUGUACUCGCACGUCUCAGUAGCGUGUUUAUACGACAUUGUUGACGUGUAGCCACCUCUCACUCCCUGUUUUCCUUCCAGUUUCCUCGAGCGCAAUCAAGAUGAAUUUUUCCGGUUGGAAGAUUACACAAUGGCUACUGCGGACUAUCUUCGGUUGGCCAUGUGUUAA